AUGCAAAAAAUUCAGAAUGUAACCAAAGAAUACAUUAAUGAUGAGGAAGUUAGUCAGGUGGUGGCAGCCAAUAAACGGCUGCCGGCUAACCCCCAUCCUAGGAAACCCGUCUACUCGGAAAAACAAAGGGAGACCCUAGGGGAUCUUGUCAAAGCCUCGGCUGUUGAAGGACAAGACAGGGGGAACAAGAAUUUGUACAGUGACUAUCACAAAGGCUUCCGCCACAAGACGCAAGACUGCUUCGACUUCAAGGACGCCCUGGAGCAAGCUAUUCGUGAGGGAAAGUUAGCUGAAUUCUCCCAAUUCAUCAGGGAACCGCGAAGACGGGAGCGCGAACAGUCUGAGGAGGAUUGCAGUCGGGCUGUGAAGCAAAGGCAAGGUAGCGUGGAGAACACGGAUAGCACCCCUACGAUAGUUGUCAAUGUAGUGGUUGGGCGAGACUCGCCCCCCAAAUCAAAAUCAGAAACAAGGAAGGAUGUUAAAAUCUUGGCUGCAUUGUCAGGGAAUCCAAGGAUCCUGUCUAGGGACCCACCCAGGAUGUCAUUCGGCUCAGAGGACCAAUGGCUGCACGACCUCCCGGAGAACCCGCCUAUGGUGACUACAGUGAGGAUUGACACAGGCCUAGUCAAACGAAUCCUUGUUGACACGGGGGCCAACUCAAACAUCAUGUUCAGAAACGUAUUUGAUGCCCUGAGGCUCAAGGAGGCUGACCUCAAGGUCUACCAACACGAGAUCAUAGGCCUAGGGGACAACUAUAUAAGGCCCGACGGAGUGAUCACCCUCCCGGUCUGUGUAGGGUCGAAUGAAGCAAAGAAGUCAGUAAUUGCAGAGUUCGUCGUCUUACAAGACUCUACAGCUUACAACGUCAUUAUGGAGAGAAAGACAAUCAAUGAAUUCUCGGCUGUAAUAUGCACUAAGUUUCUGAUCAUGAAAUUCGUCACAGAUGAUGUGGUCGUCGGAUCCAUAAGAUGUGAUUUGGAAACGACCGUCGCAUGCGAUAACACCAGUGUUUCCCUGAGAAAGAGGUUGAAGGAGGCAGCCGGUGUUUUUCUGGCCGAUUUAGAUGCAAGGCUAGAUGAGAACUCGAGGCCAGAGCCCUAG